AUGACGUCCAUCAAGAAAGUCUUAAGCAGCCAUACCCCUGCUCUAGAGCAGGAAGUUGUGGAAUACCUUGAAGGAUUGAUCAAGAAUGCGAUUGAAGACGAUGAGGACCCUGCAAUCGUUGCAGAAACACUGGUGGAGUUCCUAUCACAAGAUGAAUGUGAGAGUAUCUUGUCGUUGUUUCCGUCAAAAUCAACAAAAAAGAAACCAAAGUCGCCUGCGGCUAUAUCGCAGUUGAUUUCUCCGCUGUCUCUCCAAGAGGAAGAGCCAGUGGAGAUGCAGGCUUCAGGCCCAGAAACCACGAAAAAGGAACCUUCAGCCCAAGUAUCCAAGAAGGCUCAACGAAAAGAACGCCGACUUGCAAAGAAAACCGGUCGUAAAGCUAAAGUGGCGCCUGACGUUCAGGAGGAAAAAGAACUCUUGGAUGACCACGCAUCUGCCUGGGAAGAAUGCAAAAAGGAGGGAGCGCUUUGGGGUGGCAGAGGACAUGGAGGCCGAGGACUGAGAAUUACUGGUGACAAUUUGCAAUCCAUCCAUUUGCCUUCCGUAUCUCUUGUGUAUUUGGGCAAUGAGCUAUUGGCUGAUUCGCCAAUGUAUAUUGUCCAAGGAAAGCGAUAUGGGAUACUUGGCAGAAAUGGAGUGGGGAAGAGUACACUGCUCAAACAGCUGGCAGCUGGAGCAAUUCCAGGAAUGCCUCGAAAUAUGCGAAUCUUGCUAGUACAGCAACAAAUACAAGGGAGAGUAGAUCAAACCACGCUAGAGGCGCUGGUAGAAGCUGAUGUGGAUAGGCAAAUGUUGUUAGAAGAGCAAGAAAAAGUGGAACAAGACUUGGAAGCAGGAAUCGAUUUGGAGAAGAAUGCCGAACGAUUAGGUGAUAUCGUGGCCGAAUUGGAUGCAAUUGAUGCAGACAGUGCUGAUGAAAGAGCACUUGAGAUCUUGAAGGGUCUAUCAUUUACUAAACCUAUGGUUGAAGGGCCAACCGCGAGUUUGUCGGGAGGAUGGCGCAUGCGACUAGCAUUGGCUCAAGCUUUGUUUGUGCGCAAUUCUGAUUUGAUUUUACUGGACGAAUGUACAAAUCACUUGGACUUGCAUGGUAUGGAUUGGUUGAUCCAAUACCUGACAACGAAAUCGAAUCACACGCUGCUCAUUGUUUCACACGACCGAGGCUUUCUCGAUGCGGUUUGCACUGAUAUGAUCGUCAUGGAACAUCAAAAGUUGGCGUAUCAUGUUGGAAAUUACUCCGAGUAUAGAAGGCAGAUGGAUGAAAAAGCAGCUAGACAAGCACAGAUUCUGGAUGCAUCGGAGCGGCAAAGGGCCAAGGCUGUGGCGUUUGUCCAAAAGCAGUCAAACAACAAGAAAUCAACUGAUCCGAACAAGCAACGGCAGGCCAAAAUGAUUAAGGAAAAGAAGAUGGAUCGAAUUGGCAUGUAUCGGGAAGAUGGGAAAAAGUUCAAGAACUUUUCUCUGAGUAAAAUGUCUGCGGACGCCGUUCGGCUUGCAGAGAAGGUACACAUCGAACGAGAUGACCCCACUUUGAAGCUUAGGUUUCCCAAUCCGACCUUUCCACCAAGUCUAGCCUCCGAGAAUAGUACGCUUGUCCGAAUGGAAAAUGUAAACUUUGGUUAUGAGAAGGAUGCCGAUUUCCUCUUGGAAAAUUUUACGCUGUACUUGACGAGGGCGAGCAAGGUUGCGGUCGUGGGAAAAAAUGGAGCAGGAAAGACAACUUUGGUUAGGCUAAUUACUGGAGAGAUCGAAAAGGCUGGGAGAUUAGACGGGGAAAUAUGGCGUUACCCAGGUCUCCGAGUUGGACACAUCUCUCAGUACUCUGUUGAGGAAUUGGAGGAAUUUAAGACAAUGACAGUGGUUCAGUAUGCCGAAAAGAAAUUUGCGUCGGGCAGGGCUUCGUCAAAAAUUAUUGCGGAAGCCUCUGGCAACGUGAGAAAGUACCUCGGUUCAUUUGGGCUCGGAGGAACGCAUGCCCACCGAGCGAUUGGAACGCUAUCGGGAGGAGAACGGAUGCGACUUUGCUUUGCCACUGCCAUGGCAGACGAACCACAAUUGCUUUUGCUCGAUGAAUCCACAAAUCAUGUUGAUUUGGAAACACUAGAUUCAAUGUCACAAGCCCUUGCAGACUAUACAGGGGCAGUGUUGAUGGUGAGUCACAACCAAGCUUUCCUCAGCGGCUUUUGCAACGAGCUUUGGGUUGUCGAAGAUGGCAAGCUUGAAAUCAACCACAGUGACACAGAAAGCUUUGAUGAUCUAUUCUCGAACUAUCGGAGCCAUAUUCUAUCUGGCUCCUCGGCCAGUGCUCGUAUGCAACAGCGAAAGGUCAGGGCAACAAUGGCAAGACAGGCCAAGCAGCACAGUACCAACGCUCGUGCCAAUACAACCAUGCUUACCUAA